AUGUCCGGCGAGGAGCACAGCCUGUCCGAGGCGGAACUGAGUCCCGGAGGUUCAGACGACGGUCACUCGCUGUCACCGACUCAACCCGGCGCGCCUCCCCGCCAGGGUUCACCUCUGACCGGGCCGCCGCCGCCGCCGCUGAGCUCCUGCGCCGCCGACGGCAGCGAGGAGGAUGGAGGCGACGCGGCCAAAUCGGAGAUAGAGGACGACCGCUUCCCCAUCGGCAUCAGGGAGGCGGUGAGUCAGGUGCUGGGGUACGACUGGACGCUUGUGCCGAUGCCGGUGCGCGUCAACAACGGAAACAAAGCCAAGCCCCACGUCAAGAGGCCCAUGAACGCCUUCAUGGUGUGGGCGCAGGCGGCGAGGAGGAAGCUGGCCGACCAGUACCCCCACCUGCACAACGCGGAGCUCAGCAAGACCCUGGGCAAACUGUGGAGGCUGCUGAACGAGAGCGACAAGAGGCCAUUCAUCGAGGAGGCGGAGAGGCUGAGGAAGCAGCACAAGAAGGACUACCCGGAGUACAAGUACCAGCCCCGGAGACGCAAAAACGGCAAACUGGCCACUGCAAGCGAGUCCGACAGCCAGGGGGAAGGGGAGGCCAGCCACUCCCAGUCACACUACAAGACCCUGCACCUGGAGCACAAUGGCGGUGCUGGGUCUCCCCUGGGCGACCUGCACCACCACCACCAUCACCACCACCACCCUGCUGGUCAGGGUCACAGCCCCCCCACGCCCCCCACCACCCCAAAGACAGAGCUCCAGUCUGGGAAGCUGUCGGAUGGCAAGAGGGAGGGGGCAGCAGGAGCGGCCGGAGGAUCAGCGGGGCCCAGGGGAGCCCUUGGGGUCGGCGCCGAGGGGGCCUCCGGUGGCCCGUCCUCGUCGAGCGCCAAACCCCACAUCGACUUCGGCACCAUGGACAUCGGCGAGAUCAGCCACGAGGUGAUGUCCAACAUCGAGCCGUUCGACGUGAACGAGUUCGACCAGUACCCCCCGAACGGCCACCCGCAGAGCGGAGCCGGGGCCUCCGUGGCCGGGUCCUCGGCCUCGUCUUACGCCUACGCCCUGGCCGCCGCUAGUGGGCACUCGGCGUGGCUCUCCAAGCAGCAGCAGCAGCAGCAGCCUCAAGCCUCCCCGUCCUCAGACCCCUCCAAGGCGCAGAUCAAGAGCGAGUCUGCAGCCGGGAGCCACUACGCAGAGGCCUCGUCCUCUCCCUCCUCAGGGGCCCACGUCACCUACACCCCGCUCAGCCUCCCUCAUUACGGCUCCGCAUUCCCCUCGCUGGCCUCCAGGGCUCAAUUCGAGUACGGAGAGCACCAGGCCCCCGGCGCGUACUACGCCCACUCCGGCCAGGCCCCUGGGCUGUACUCAGCCUUCUCCUACAUGGGCCCUACACAGAGGCCUCUGUACACUACCAUAGGAGACCCCUCCAGCGUGGCCCCCUCUCACAGCCCCACGCACUGGGAGCAGCCUGUUUACACCACACUCACAAGACCCUGA